AUGCAACAGGCUCCGUUCAUAUGCCGCUCUCUCACGUCCUCGCCAUCCGCCCAGCAGUCGUCGAGCCAGCCGAGGCCAGCCACCGAGUCAGAGGGAAAUGAGCGCACAUGCUCAGACUAUUACGUACCAUUGAAAGGAUGGCUAUAUCAGUGGAAACAGGACCGAAGGGUCCUCCAGAAGAACGUCAGAAAGAGUGGCUAUUACAGCAGCCUGGUAGACCUCUACCGUUGGAAGAGAAGGUUCACCCAAAUAUGGGCGAAGAGAGCCUUGGAUAAGAAACAGAGAGACAAACACCGAGACGAGGCCCUGCAGUCAGAGGGGCGCCCCGAGCUUCACAUAAUACAAGAUCUACUUUGCCAGAGGGAUGUCGACCACAUGCGGCAAGCUUGGCAGCUCAUACCUAAAGAGAGUCGAGUAAAGCUCUGGCGGCCGGUUAUGGUCGACGCUCUCCACUGGUUCCCCGACCAAGCCCCGGACAUCUUCCGGGCCAUCUUUGAACGAGACAAAUCAAAUUUCUACGCCAUCGUCGACAGUUUCCUAUACAUGGCCGACUAUCUGCAGAGGCUAAAAGGGCCUGUACAGUCGGAAUACGGGAGGGCCGUUGCUGGGGCCUUGCUUCACUGCUACCACAACACUCGGAAGCGCUACAUCUGCCUACGACAAAAUACCAUCUACCAUAUACUUAGGCAUGCGACAGUGGACCAGGUCUACGAGCUACUUGUGGCCAUCAAAGAAUACCGACAGCCAUUACAUGUCAACACGAAGCAACAUUUUGUAUGGUACUUGGCAAAGGAGCCAAAAUACAAGCCGGCGGCUGCUGAUCUGUUGCGUGAGAUCAUUCAGGAUGGUCAGCUGCAUGUCAACGGGCUGCAUUGCGCCGCUCUGGCUACCGCCAUCCUGACCUUUCCAAAGAUUUCACCGGGAGAUAAAGAGGACGGCGAGAACCUCCCAACGCUUCGCUCGCAACUAAACCAAGAGCUUUUGGAAUUCGGACUUCAGCCCAACAUCAUCCACUACACAACUAUUAUCAGGAACCUUUGCGAUAACAACGAACUGGAAACUGCGUGGCAGGUCUACGACCUUAUGACCAGUCAGGGAGUCCAGCCAGAUCUCCAUUUCUAUUCCCAGUUGCUGCACGGAGCUACGCUAGCAAAUGACCACCGGAGCUUCCGCCGCAUACUCGAACUCUUACCAAGUGAAGCGUCACAAGAUCGCGUCAUCAUCAACGGUGUCCUCACCUUUAUUCAUACCACAACGGUUUGGGAGCUCCGAAAGCGGAAGAUGAAGCCACCAGUCCCCAUUCCAAGCUUUGAGUACAUGUUUAGGACGUACUCCAAGCUAUUCGACCUUGGUCCUUUGCAAGCCCUGUUGAAUAUCGACCUACAAAGCUACACCGCAGAAACACACCAGCGAGAACUCGAUGGAAUGGCCCCUUCGUGGUCCGGCUGGCAGAGUAUGCGAUCGCUCAGGAACACCCUGGCCCUUAUACCCGAACUCGAGGCCGAAGCACGUAUUAAGCCAGGCAACGACACGCUCAACAUCAUGGUGACCUCCUUCAUCCGCAACUUCUCCCAGCCCUCCAGCCUGAUCGAGUUCUACUCCAACUUUCGCAACCGGCUCAAGCAGGGUGACCCGACCAUUCUCGCCUUCGUCGCCACCAAGGGCACCAUUAUCCACGACACCAUCAUCAAGGCCAUCCUCGAAUGGCAAGGCACCAACAUGGCCCUUGCCGCCCUCGACAUCGUCAGCGACAUGCUCAAGGACGCCGCCGCCUCCCGCGCGCUCUUCGACGCCGACCCGCAGAAGCCCGAUCUAGAGCCCCGCCACCCGGCCCCGAGCAUCUACACCUGGUCCGUCCUGCUGCACGGCUUCAUGCACCGGCGCGAGCACCGCGAGCAGGGCGACCGCAUUUUCAAGAUGAUGCGCGACCACGGCGUCGAAGCUAAUCGCGUGACCUGGAACACGCUGAUUGCCGGUCACGCCCGGCUGCAGGCCGUCGGCAAGACGGCGUCGGCGCUGCAGCGUAUGGAGGCUGCGGAAUAUAAGCCUGAUCGUUUCACGUUGAGGGCAUUCAGCUACUUGCUCAAUCGGGAGGGUGCGCUGCAGAUGAUGCAGCGGUUGGAGGAUAAGAAACAGAAGAGAAAGGCGGCGUUCGUGGCCAAGUUGGCUGAGGCGGCUGCCCAGAACGAGAACUCUGAGGACAUGUCCAAGAUGCCUGAUUGGAUUGCGGCGCAGGACGAGUAUAGGAUUAUGGAGGAGCAGCUGAGGGAUAUUAGCGAGAGCGUGGUGGUUGAGGAGUCGCUUGGUGAAAGAGGAGAAGAGAGGGAAGUGGUCAAGGCGGCGGAGGAGGAGUGGGAGGAGACGACGGGGGAAAUUGAAGGGUUGGAGGCGUACAGGACGAGAAAUGUCGCGAGUGCUUCAAGCAGCUUGUGAUGCAUAGUCCGGUUUCAGGCAUGUAUAUGUACCUACCUCUAGGUGUCGGCAGGCAUGUAAGUUAUGGGAGUCGGAGGUUGGAGUUGUACAAUAUAUCUUGGAAA